AUGAAACACCCGCUGGCUAUUGUGGCUUUGGUGCCUAAAGAAGCUGCUGUGUUCGCCGCCCGUGCAGUCGUCGGUGCCGCCGCGAAGCGCUUCAGAGAGCUGCGUUCACCCACCGGAAAAGCGCUUCAGAGAGCUGCGUUUUACUUCAAAGAAGCGAUUCAGUGUCUACUCACCGGAUUUCCGUCCUUCUUCAACCGUGGUUGGUCUUCGCUUGCGCUUCUAAACGAAAUCCCUAAAGUCGAUUUCAGUAUCCACAACCAUCGGCAAGUGAAUCUGAGGAUCGUACUAUCCGAUGGUAAGGUUUAUUUUUCUUUUGACGUUUCCGGUGGUAGCAUAACAACACGUUUUCUACUCCAGGGUACCAUCAUAGACCCGAUGAAGCACACAACGUCUCUUCGACGAAAACCAAAAGAGGCAGACAGUAGGUGGGGACUACAACAGGUGAAGCGGCAGCCUAACAUAAAUCAGGUGGAGGGCAGCAUAAACAGAAGAUAAAAAGAGGGUUGUGGUCACCAGAUGAGGAUGAGAAGCUUAUCAGUUAUAUUACUACAGAUGGAAGCCAUGGUUGUUGGAGGUUACAAAGAUGUGGGAAAAGUUGUAGACUACGAUGGAUUGAUUAUCUAAGACUGGGUCUUAAACGAGGAAACUUUACUUCACAAGAAGCGAUGCUCAUAACUGAUCUACACAGAACCUUGGGAAAUAAAUGGGCACAGAUAGCGAAACACUUACCAGGAAGAACAGAUAAGGCAAUCAAAAACUUCUGGAACUCCAACAAGAAAAGGAAGCUUCUUCCUCAUGCCAACUCCUCUGGUCAUACUAUUGCUGCUAACCUUAGAAAUAACAAAAUUCAGGCUCCUGGAAGCAAUGAGAAAGAUGAAGAUGGUUUAUUUAAUUUUAGGGCUUCUGCUGCUUCUUCUGUAUAAGUUCAACAACGGCGAUGACCGGGUCACCGGAAGUGGCGGUGGUUGACCUUUUAAUGGGACCAAAUGGAAACAUAGAAUGUUCAAGAUCCUACUCUUCUAACAAAGGGUAAAAGAAAAGAAGUUGAUUCCAUCACCAUCAACAACAAAGUCACUGGAUCAGAUCUUAAAUGGAUAUCAAAGCUAUUAUGACUGGUGAAGAGGUAUUUGGUAUGCAAGUUGUUAUGUAUUUGGAACCUUUAACAGGUGUGUUGCUCUGACACCCAUCAUUUGAAUUCCGAGCACGACAAUUUUCCCAGAGGCCAUUUGCAGCUUUCAUGUUGGUCAUACUACACAAUUAGAAACCGAUGCAAGGAAGAAGAGGCAGCUUUGCUAGAAUCACUGUUGGUGGUCAUUUGGUAAAAAGGUUAAAAAGGUCGUCACUUUAUUACAUGUGACAUACGAUUUUGGUAAUCGUCUUGUGAUUAUACUUUAUAUAAUUACACAUUAAUGACAUUUGUAAGAGAAUUGAAGCACACAAAUGAAAUCAAAGGUUAACAUUUUUUAAUAAAAAAACAUAAAAUGCAAAAAAUAGCAACUUACUUUCAAUAAUUAUUUAUUAUAGCAUUCUAAUUCCAUCUCUAUAAUUGGCUACAGUUUUUAUGACAUAAUCGCUCAUAAAGAAAAGAAAGCUGAAAGCAUAAUGUUGUAAGAAAUAGAAUGCUUACAAGUAAAUGAAUGUAUUUCGUUAUUUGAAUGAAACAACAAUCUCAACAAGUAACAUUAUUUGUUUCUUUUGAAACUAAAAUUUUCAUCAUUUAUAUUUGUAAUUCCAACAAGAACAUGAGUGGCAAUUAUUAUGGAAUUGAGUGUUGCUUCUAUUCCAGUAUAGAUCUGGAAACAGCUACCGUGUUUCUAAAACCUUUGUUUUUUAUGAUUCAUGGCUACCUGACAUGUUUUCAAAUUAAUGAAUAGAAUGAAAAGGUUUUGUUGUUCAUGGAAACCAUGAUAUAUUGUUCCUUUUGAUCUAUGAGACUGAUCGUUUGUGAAUGUUAUUUGUUAAUCAUGUUUGUGAAUGUUAUUUGUUAACUUAUAGCAAGAUAUCAGCUACAAUACAAUUUUCAUUGCUAGGAUGUACAUUCAUUUUUUAAUCACAUAUUACAACAUAUUCAACUAUUAUGCGUUUGUAAAUAGGUGAAUUGAAGUGAAUAGCAACAUACUUUACUAUGUCCACAAUUUAGGCAAUGUACUAUAUUUCACAAAAAAGCGACGCUUUCUACCGUCUUCCGUUGGUUUUAUUUAACAUUAGUGCCGAAUUGCGGGGGUUCCCAUCUAGUUGGGAUUAUAAAUGUAUGAUUUUUUUUCAUUAUUUAUUAACAAAUACAGUAGUAU